AUGGGGGGCUGUGGUUCGAAGGAGGCUAUAUGCGGCCAGGUGUACCUGGAGAUGCUCCGACGCGUCAGUGUGGCGCCGACACACACCGACGAGGCCGCCGCCGCGUCGAGGCGAAGCAUUGAGUUUGUGAAAAUAUUGGGCAUGCAUGGAGGCUGCGACGGGGACGCCGCCGGAGGGCAGUGUGUGACGGUGGAGCAGCUCCAACAAUUUGACCGCGAGCGGUGGCAGCUGUCCUCGGUCCACGCGUACAACGACCAACUCUUGCUGGACGCUGCGGAUGACAUUUUUCGCUUCAACAACCCACAUGCCAGCGACUCUCCUGUCGUCCUGCGGCGUUGCGACUACCGCCCCUGGUUGCUCUGCAUGUGCGAGUUCUACAAUGUGAUGGGCGUCUUUGAGAAGGCCAAGUUGCUGUCGAAGGGAACCUGGGAGAAGGCCAGCAUCACUGCCGAGCGCCUCACAAAGUGUCUAGGUUCCUUGAAGACCGAGUUUGCAUUGGCCUUCGCUUCGGAUAAGGGUCCCGGUGCGGCCUUUCAGGCUCCCGCGUCGCUCUCGGCGAGCGCGGUGGUGGAGGAGGCCUCACGGUGGUCCCUUGACCCCUUGAGCCUCGACGCGGGGGUGCCCGCCGCGUCGCCGCGGGUCAUUCCACUGGUGGCGCUGGUGCGUUGGCUGGUGCUGCGGCACGUGGUCUCGCUGUGUGGUGAGUGCACUGCCCCUCCCGCCCCAGCGCCGCCCGUGGAGGCGGAAUCUGCGGCGGCGGGGGUGGAGACUGCCGCCUGCCCGCAGGAGGAGCCAGUGCCAGUACAGACGCCAAAGCGAGACUGGGGUGACGCGUUUGCGAGCCAUAAGUUAUCCCUGCGCCGUGCCUUGGGGGACCCCCCGCAGCUGGAGGCCUUGUUUCUGGCCCUCACCCAUGGAACGAGGCGACUCUCGGAGGCGGACGCCACAACGGGAAUGCACGAGCACUUUUCAAUGGGGGAGAUGUUUGAGGACCAGUCUGUGCAUGACGCGCUGGUGCGGGUGGCAUUCCAUGUGGUAGCGAGGGAUUUUGGAGACGGCACCGCAAGCGUCAACAGCGUGCCACCGUUUGCCCAAUUCCUACGGGCGUACCUCGCGGCGCUGGAGCUCUACCGCGAGACGAUGCAACAUGAGGGCGCAACCACCGGCACCGACCCCCGCUACGGGGCCCCGGCCCCGGCCUUAAACAGGGCCACCCUAGCGCAGGUGCUAAAGGCCGUGGGCGGUGAUGCCGCCCACGACGGCCGCGUCGCCCAGUUUGUGUAUUCGUUCUUUGGCAGAGACGCGGGCUCGCGCCAGGUUCCGUUCCUGGAAAUUGCCGACCCAUGGACAGCGCUGCUGCUGCGGGGAACAGGCAAGCGAGAGUUAAGAGACAUUUCUGAACUGUAUUACGCCCUUGGGCUCUGCGACGAGGGCGAGCGGGCGUCUAUCUUCUCGCUGCUUGUCGCCCACGGCUGGGCCGCCAACGACGCGGACGCGAUGUUUAACGCUUUGAAGGCAAAGGUGGAUUUUUCACUUUACUGCCACGCGGCGGGGAGCGCCGGCAGCUGUGCACGCAGUAUUUGGGUGAAGGAAUGUGAACGGUGGGGGCGUGAAAGCGCAGCCGCAGCAGGGGGGAAGGCAAAAACGGUGGACGGCCAUGACACCGAGUUGAACCGCGUCCUCGCAGACGUUCACUUAAAGCGUUUAUUGCACGGUGUGUACGGUGCCAUCGUCGCUGCGGGCGCGCUGGAGAAGGCGCUUAUGCCGAACGCUGCCGACGGUUCUAGGCGCUCCAGCACGCCCACCUGGGCGCUUGAGACUGCGGUGCCGACGCAGGCGCGUUCGGUCCUCCUGCGUGAGGCGGCUGCGUUGCUGGAGAUCCAGGGCCUCGGUGAGGCGGCGGCGAAAGCAUGUGAAAAAAGUACUAACCACAGUGAUAUUGAUACAGUGACAGAGGCGUGUGACACUGCCUCGUCCUUGCUGCAGCUCAUUACCUCGCAGUAUGUGAAUAAUAGAAUGCGAGAGUGGAGGCAAGAGGCGUGGCGGCGUCUACACGCAGCAUGGCCGGUGAGCGACGAGGACACGCGGCUGGAGGCUUUUUUAAAUACCCUGAUGCAACGGGAGGGAAAGCGUGCUGGGGCGCAUUCGCCCUUCAGUGAGAGCCUCUACAAGAAGUACGCCUCGGAUGUGCUGCUCAUCAUGCCAAAGGAGGACUUUCAGGCCUUGUGCCCCAAGGCCUUGUCCGCCGUGGGGGAUCCCAGUGGCCGCAGUUUAACCCCAGAGUACCUCCCCGCAUUUAUGCGGUACAUCUUGGGCUACAUGCAUGUAUUGAUUUCGUUUGGGGUGCCGCACAUUGGCCACAUUAGCGAUGCGGCGCCCCUGACGUGGGAGGAGCUGGGGGCGUGGGUGCGGCGCGAGACCGGCGCCGCCAUGGAUGGGGCGGUGAUGGCCGUCUUCAACCCGCUUGCGGGCCCCCACGGGGAGGUUGUCCCUCUGCAGGAGGUGGCGGUGUGGUUUGCCAGACGCGAGUCGCUCCGGGGGGCGACUGAGGCCCGGCUGCGCAUUUGGCAACACCGGCUGCGCGAGAGGCUCCCGGUCGGGGAUACCGCGAGCGACAGAAGCAAACGUCGGCAGACGACCAGUGGAAUCCGCGCGGACGACGGCUACAUCCCCCUCAGUGCCCUCAUGGAGCUGUGCUCCACCUCCUACGAGCUCUGGCGCGUUUGGCCGCCGGAGCUAGGAAGCAGCUUUGUGUCGUUUUGCGUGCGGAAAACCAACGACGCCUUGCAGCGUGGGGACCUGCAGGACGCCGCAAUCCACCACACCGACCUCCGUUUUCUGCUGCUUUUUGUGCGCGCCUACCUGGACGUCCUCCUCGACGGCGCGUGUGCGAUGGAGAAGGAGGGGGCCGAGGGCGAUGCAGCAGCAGCGAAGUCCACCGAGACCCAAGGCUCAUGCGCGGCGCGGCAGGUGUCGUGGACAGACGGUGCGAUGCGCUCCGCCCUGCAGACGUUGCUGCGCGGCAGAGAGGUGGAUGAGGAGACACUUUUGCAGGAGGUCCUGGACUGCGGAGGGGCGCACUGCACCACGGCCCUUGUGGCCCUGACUGUGGCGCGUUCGACCGUCGUCCACGCGCUGAGGCGUUUUUGCGAAAAGGCUGCGGGGGCGCCUGGGUCGGGCUCGCUGUGGGAGCGCCUGCGCCAACGGCUCCCCAGCGGGGAGUCAAAGGAGGAGCGGCUGAAGCGGCAGCAGCUGUUUGCGCGGAUGGACGUGCGGGGGUCGCGGCUGCUAACCUUGUGCGACCUGUACCGCGGCAUGGUGGACCAGCUCGCCCUGCAGGAGUUCCGCGAGGACCUGCAGCCGAUUAUCUUUCGCGCCUUUUUUGCCACGAAGGAGGUGACGUCGCAGCAGCGGAACGCCAUCUACCUCGUCGACGGCGAGGAGCAGUUCAUCACGGCGACGGAGUUCCGCGCGUUCCUGUGGUACGUGUACGCGUACUUUGAGCAGUACUACAUGUUUGACGCCCUCUGCAAGCACAACAAGGACCCGAUGAAGAAGUCGGUGUCGUUGGAGGCGUUUGUGGCCGCCGCGCCGCUGCUGCAACGCUGGGGCUGCCGCAUCGGGGACCCGGCGGCGGAGUUUAGGGGGAUCAACGGACGGUGCAAGGAGGGCGGCGCAAUGUACUUUACCGACUUUGCCGUCUGGGCCUCGCUGCACCACCUCUCCCCGGCGGGGUACUCCCACGAGGAGGCGGAGCAGGCGGAGCAGGCGGAGCAGGCGUGA